CCUCCUGGAUCCCUUUCCCUCUCACCCAUAAAAACAACUAUGCCAAGGAGACAAGAAAAGCUAAGACCAUUUUUUAUUAUGAGAACGACACAAUCCACCAUGGUCCUGUCAAAAGCCACCAUGGCGGGACUGGGCUGCAUGUGCCAAGAGUGAUGGGGAAUGAUUUUAAAGGCUGUGCUCCAGGUGACCAAUCGACCUGCUGACCCAGUCGACACACUCUCUCUCUUGUUGUCCCUACAGGAAAACCAUAAGGGUUAAAAUAGUAGAUGAGGAGGAAUACGAAAGGCAAGAGAAUUUCUUCAUUGCCCUUGGUGAGCCGAGAUGGAUGGAACGUGGAAUAUCAGGUUAUUCACUUGUGGAGUGGCCCACAGGCCCCUCUGCCCUUCGUGAAGCGCUCCUGUUAUCUCCAGAUGUGACGGACAGGAAGCUGACUGUGGAGGAAGAGGAAGCCAAGAGGAUAGCAGAGAUGGGAAAGCCAGUAUUGGGUGAACACCCCAAACUGGAGGUCAUCAUUGAAGAGUCCUAUGAGUUCAAGACUACAGUGGACAAGCUGAUCAGGAAGACAAACCUGGCCUUGGUUGUGGGGACCCAUUCCUGGAGGGACCAGUUCAUGGAGGCUAUCACUGUCAGUGCAGCAGGGGACGAGGACGAGGAUGAGUCAGGGGAGGAGAGGCUGCCAUCAUGCUUUGACUACGUCAUGCACUUCCUGACGGUCUUCUGGAAGGUGCUGUUUGCCUGCGUGCCCCCCACAGAGUACUGCCACGGCUGGGCCUGCUUCGUCGUCUCCAUCCUCAUCAUUGGCAUGCUCACCGCCAUCAUCGGGGACCUGGCCUCCCACUUCGGUUGCACCAUUGGUCUCAAGGAUUCCGUCACAGCUGUUGUUUUCGUGGCAUUUGGCACCUCUGUGCCAGAUACGUUUGCCAGCAAAGCUGCUGCCCUCCAGGAUGUGUACGCAGACGCUUCCAUCGGCAAUGUUACAGGCAGCAACGCUGUCAACGUCUUCCUGGGCAUUGGCCUGGCCUGGUCCGUGGCCGCCAUCUACUGGGCCCUGCAGGGACAGGAGUUCCACGUGUCAGCCGGCACGCUGGCCUUCUCCGUCACCCUCUUCACCAUCUUUGCAUUUGUCUGUAUCAGUGUGCUCUUGUACCGACGGCGGCCCCACCUGGGCGGGGAGCUCGGUGGCCCCCGUGGCUGCAAGCUUGCCACGACUUGGCUCUUUGUGAGCCUGUGGCUCCUCUACAUACUCUUUGCCACACUGGAGGCCUAUUGCUACAUCAAAGGGUUCUGAGCCUCAGAUCAAGGUCUCCAGCAGGGAGGCCUAGGACUUCUCCUAAGAGAAGGGCAUUUCCCCACCAGUUACUUCUCCAGGAUGAGCAGCCCUGGAGAGACAGCAUCAGGACCCGAGCCCCAGGAACUUCACCCGACCUAGACCCUGGCAGUGAACUGAAAGGGCAAAGUCUUAAUCAAUCAAACAGAAUGAAGGAAACACCCACUUUACAAAGUAUUUAGUUACUUACAAACCAACAGCAACAAAUCCACCUCCACCCCAUCUUCCCACCCAUGUUCCUGACCCAUAGCAAAGGUCAGGCCCUUUCACCUCCUGCUAUUCCACCUUCUGAUUAUUCCUUUGCGUCUCUUUUCUUUGGGGGCAGGGUGUCUCCUGUCUGUCAAAUUCGAUACAUCACGGUUCUCUCGCUCAGCUGGCACAGCAUAAAAAUGAGUCAUAUCCCCGUGGCUAGCUUGGGGUUCUCUUUUCCUUAUAGUCAUUAUUGUGGUUGCUUUCAUUUUUCCAUCAGGUUCUGCUUGCUGUUUUGUCUUGUCUUUUCUUCCUGAAGUUAGUGUCAAAGGUGCCGUGAGGGAACUCCAGGUGGGAGCCGACAGAUGGAGGCCUGCACUUGCAGACACUCACCCUCCAUUCUCACAGGCUGGAAGACAUCUCUUGGCUCCAUCGAGCUCCUUUUGUCCUCUGAGUUCUUUGGAGGACUGGUGGCGUUUGGGUGGAAGUAAGCUUGCACACUCACACAGGGGCUCUAAGGAGCAGGGGCUUCUACUGGAGCAGGGGGAGCUUUCUGUGCUUAUGCUGAAAUCAAGUCAAAAACAAAAAAGCAAUUGUCCUCUUUCCUUCCCAAGCCUUUCCAAUUCCGUGUGUGUGUGUGUGUGUCACGUUAGUGUCUAUAUGUGCAUCCUUCCACAGGAAGACCACCGAGUGGGAGACACUAGACAAAAAUAGGAACGUGUGUGAUGACAAAGGGCAGCUGGGGAAACAAAAGGGACACAUGCCUUCUUGAGUGUCUUUGGCUUUGUAUCUGAGGCAGGAGAGAAGAAAUGUCCAGCCAGAGGGAUCUUUAAAGCAAAAGAUGAUAUCGAAAAUGUCAGUGUUUCCUAGAAAUGUCAGCUUCACCACCCCUUGUUUCCUAAUGUGCCACACUAGGAAGGCAGACUGUAUUUCUUGAAGUGAUGCAAAACCUCAGAGGUUUAUAAGAGAACAAGGGGCUCCUUCCCCCUCUCCUUGGCCCUCAGGUCCCGUACGAAAGCAUUUUCACAAGAUAGCAACUGGAAUUCCUCAUUUUCCCCACGUUCCUGCUUGUUUCUAAACCUCACGAAGCUCUUUUUCCAGCUUACGGGGUAUUUCUUGCCCUAGUAAUAGGAAUCUUAGUUGCCAUAAUCCCAUGGAGCCUGGAUUUAUAGAAAAAAAAAAGAUUGCCCUGCUCUAUGGAUCUUUUCCUGAUAGAUUCUGAAAGGACCUGGCUUUAAAAACACACACACACACAAAUAAACACACAUCCAACCUCAUCACGAAACUACCCACAGACCUUUAUGCUUCCUGCAUUGACAUAAAUACAUUUUCUAAGGGGGAGAAAAGAAAUUUAAAAACACCUGUUUAAUUUUAAACACAUUUUUUUAAGAAAAAAAUAACUAAAAAAGAAACAGUGCUCGUGUCAUAAGCUAUGUUGACAGUUGCCAGUGGAAAUGUUGGGUUGGUUUUAAAAAAAAUAAAUAAAAGCUAUACUUAUAUCUCUCUACAUA